AUGUCUACCCCCAACGAGAAACCCCCGGCCGCGGACAAGGCCAUUGCUCAAAGUGCUACCGACUCGGACAACGAUGCGACGGCGACGCCCAAGUCUGAAGAGGUCUACGCCGGCAGUGGAGGCAAGGAUACCAUCUGGGCUGCUGGAGCAUCGGGCGCGUUGUACGAGCCCAUUCCCGAGUAUGAAGGAAGGCACCGCUACGAUCCUGCCGCUGUAUGGACGGAGAAAGAAGAGAAGAAGCUCGUGAGGAGGCUGGACUACCGCAUUUGCUCUUGGGUGUGCAUCAUGUUCUUUGCCCUUCAACUUGACCGCGGCAAUAUCAGCCAGGCUCUGUCGGACAACAUGCUCGACGACCUUGGCCUCACGACGAACCAGUACAACUACGGCAUGACCAUCUUCUACGUGACCUUUCUCAGCGCGGAGUGCCCCUCGCAAAUGAUCUCGAAGAAGCUCGGCCCUGAUGUCUGGAUCCCCAUUCAGAUGGUUAGCUGGUCUAUAGUCGCGGCGUGCCAGUCCAUCCUCGUGGCAAGGAGCUCCCCAUCCGCCUGA